CCCAUCCUCACCCCGCUCUCCCGGAGGUCCAGGUCCGGGAGGUGACAGUGGAUCACGGAAGCCAAGGAGGGAGUACUUGGGCCUUCAAAGGCCUGCUCACGCCGCACUACUCACCGUGUGAGGCCGAGAGCGCCGAGUGCAGUGUCACCGUUAUCCAGAGUGUUAUUCUUAGCAUCCGUUCACCUUUCCAGUUCAGUUUUCCUGAACAGCAAAGACAAUGCUGACUGGAGUAACAAGGCUUUCCUCCAGGAUCCAGAAGUUGGACCCAAGAUGUUUUUUGCACGGGAGUGCCCAAGCAGCUCAGAGCAAUCCGGUUCCAGCUGAGCAUCCGAGAGUUAUUUCCCGCACCAGUGACAGUGACCCGGCUAAGCACGGGGAGCAACAUGAAGGCAAGUACUACAGCAUCCCCAUCCAGGAUCUGAAGACAGUGUUCCCUCAUGGCCUACCUCCUCGAUUCAGGAUGCAGGUGAAGACUUUCGGUGAAGCCUGUCUGAUGGUUAGGAAACCAGCCCUGGAGCUUCUGGGCUACCUGAAAAAUACCAAGUUUUCUCACCCAGCUGUACGCUAUCUUCUCUAUGGGGAGAAGGGAACAGGAAAAACUCUCAGUCUUUGCCAUGCAGUUCAUUUCUGUGCAAAACAUGACUGGCUGGUUCUGCAUAUCCCAGAUGCUCAUCUUUGGGUGAAAAACUGCCGGGAACUUCUGCAAUCUACCUACAACAAACAGCGCUUUGACCAGCCCCUGGAGGCUUCUACCUGGCUGAAGAACUUCAAGACUACCAAUAAGCACUUCCUGAGCCAGAUAAAGGUUCAAGAGAAGUACGUUUGGAAUAGGAGAGAGAGCACAGAGAAGGGCAGUCCUCUAGGAGAAGUUGUUGAACAGGGCAUAACACGAGUGAGGAAUGCCACAGACGCUGUCGGGAUCGUGCUGAAGGAGCUGAGGAACCAGAGUUCCACAGGGCUCUUCCACCUCCUGGUAGCAGUGGACGGAGUCAAUGCCCUCUGGGGAAGGAGCACGCUGAAAAGAGAAGACAGGACCCUGAUUGCCCCAGAGGAACUUGCCCUUGUCCACAGUCUAAGGAAAAUGGUGAAAAAUGAUUGGCAUGGAGGUGCAAUUGUGUUGAGUUUGAGCCAAACCGGAUCGCUCUUCAAGUCCCGAACAGCAUAUUUGCCACACGAGCUUCUGGGAAAGGAAGGAUUUGAUGCCUUAGAUCCUUUUCUUCCCAUCCUCACUUCCAACUAUAACCCAAAGGAGUUUGAGAGUUCUUUUCAAUAUUAUCUGGAGAAUAAUUGGCUUCAGCAUGAGAAAGCUGCAACAGAAGAAGGAAAGAAGGAGCUGAAGUUCCUGAGUAAUUGCAACCCCGGACAGCUGGAGCGGCUGUGUGCCUCCCUGUAAGCACCAGCGCAGCGUGCCUGGAAGGUGUGUCUCCCUCCAUCCUCUUCACAUGAGAAAAGUCCCUAGGGACCACACCAGUGGGACAGCCGGAUCUGCAGUGAUGGCUCAUGUGGCAAUAGGAUGUCCUUUGUUCCCACAAAUAAUACCAGUUUCUUGUGGUUGUGGUUUUCACAGUAAAGAUAGAUCUAUUUCUGA